AUGGAGUGCUGCUGUAAGGGUUAUGCCUGGGUGUCCCGGUGCAAGAGGAAGUUGCAGUUCUGUGUCUACUGGCCUUCUGUGUACUGGACAGAGAGGUUUCUCGAAGACACCACCCUCACCAUCACAGUGCCAGAUGUGUCCCGCCGAGUGGAGGAACUGGCUCGACCUAAAAGGUUCUACUCGGAGUAUUACAACAACAACAGGACCACCCCCAUUUGGCCCGUUCCUCGGUCUUCCCUGGAAUACCAAGCUUCCAGUCGCCUGAGGGAACUGGCCGCCCCGAGGGUCCGGAAUAACAUUUGGAGCAUAAACAUGUCUGAGGUGUCCCAGGUAUCCAGGGCAGCCCAGAUGGCCAUCCCCAGCCCAAGGAUCCUACAGCUGGCAAAGCCCAGGUCCCCAGCCACCCUGUUGGAAGAGUGGGACCCCAUGCCCAAACCCAAGCCGCACAUGUCAGACUACAAUCGCCUCCUUCGCUUGGCCAUGCCCAAGGCCCAGUCGAACCAGUGUGUUCCUGACCGAGAUCCACGCUGGGAGGUGCUGGACGUCACCAAGAAGGCAGUGGCCAGUCCCCGGAUCAUCUCCCUGGCCAAGCCCAAAGUGCGCAAGGACCUCAACGAGGGCUACGACCGGCAUCCCCUCGCUUGUAUGAGCUCUCCACCCCCAAGAACAUCACCAAAAAAGUGUGAGCGACCCAGGACUGCCCUCUGA